GAUGCCAGGAAAAUCUGUGCCCGGGAAGGGCGGUCUGGCACCUGAGGGCCCCGCCUGACCAGCCCUUCUCAGCAGCAGGAGCUGGGUGGGAGUCACCUUAUGCCAGAGACGCCCCAGCAGUGCCAUCCACCUCCUGGGCUGAGGAGUACCCCCAAGAGGCUCUGCCCGGGGUGUGGGGCCUGGCACCCAGUCCUGCCUGGCAGAGCCUGGAGAGAAGUAAGCCGUGGUUGGGUGGAGUAGUUGCCGAGGCCCAGCGCGUUCUCAGCCCGGCUCUUUGUCUGCCGCUUUGUGAUGAAUGUAAGGAGCCAAGGAACAGAGACUGCGUCUGUUUUGUGCACCUCUGUAUUCCCAGCCCCUUGCGUUCCAUCUGCACAUAGGCCGCUGGCCUAGAAAUGGCCUCAAAUGGAAGCUGCGACCGGAUCCUGGUGGAGGUUUUGGAGCUAGGCUAGAGAUGAGGAGUCCAGGGUUCAGUGUGCAGGUGCUGCUCCUGCGCUAGGGCCGAAGCAAUGCGAGUGCUAGCGACCGAGGCAAGGAGGUGACGCGCAGGGGACUUAAGGAGCGGACCGCCGCGGGAGGACGCGCCCAGGUCAGGGGGACUCCCUCUGCGACCCCCACAAUGGGUCUCCGGCCCACGCGUGGCCCGUCUGGUCUGCGGAGCUGGCGCCGGGGCCGCCAGAGGGCGCCCGGGGCGGAGGAGGGGGCGGGAGCCGGGGAAGCCCGGGGAGGUGGUGGCAGAGCCGGCGCCGCCCCGCGGGGUCUGCGGCUCAGGUCUUAAGGGUCGGCUGCAUGGGCCGGGGAAUCCGGAUUCCGGGGGUUCAACGCCCAGGGGUUCCAUGAGCCCCUACUGUUCUCGGAUGCCUGGCCGGCCCCGACGCACUCGUCCCAGCACCCCUCCCCCGUCCCCAUCCUCCGGCCCCUCCCCUGUCGCCCCUCCGGGAUCCAGCCGGGCGCGGCCGCUCCAGGGUCGCGGCUGGCGCGAGUCCCCGGGCCCUGGCCCUCCGGUACCCCAGGCCAAGGACAGAAAACGUGAGCAUCCACGCGCAGGGGUGGGGAGGGGAAUCCCACUCUGGGGGUGCACUGCCCCGCCCUCUCCGGGUCUGCCUCGGCCCCGCCUGGGCCCCAAGCCCCGCCCCCUCCCCUCGGCCGGCCGGAGAGCCCCCGGGGCCGCCGCAGCCGCCCAAGCGCCCGCCAUGCGCGCUGCCCCCGCCGCGCCGCUGCUUCAGCUGCUGCUCCUGCUGGGGCUGUGGCUGGAGGCUGUGGGCGUUGCAGAGUCGCCGCUGCCCGCCGUGGUCCUUGCCAUCCUGGCCCGCAAUGCCGAACACUCGCUGCCCCACUACCUGGGCGCGCUGGAGCGGCUGGACUACCCCCGGGCCAGGAUGGCCCUCUGGUGUGCCACGGACCACAAUGUGGACAACACCACAGAGAUGCUGCAGGAGUGGCUGGCAGCUGUGGGCGACGGCUAUGCCGCUGUGGUCUGGAGGCCCGAGGGGGAGCCCAGGUUCUACCCAGAUGAAGAGGGUCCCAAGCAUUGGACCAAAGAAAGGCACCAGUUUCUGAUGGAGCUGAAGCAGGAAGCCCUCACCUUUGCCAGGGACUGGGGGGCCGACUAUAUCCUGUUUGCAGACACAGACAACAUUCUGACCAACAACCAGACUCUGCGGCUUCUCAUGGGGCAGCGGCUUCCAGUGGUGGCCCCAAUGCUGGACUCCCAGACCUACUACUCCAACUUCUGGUGUGGGAUCACCCCCCAGGGCUACUACCGCCGCACAGCUGAGUACUUCCCCACCAAGAACCGCCAGCGCCGGGGCUGCUUCCGCGUCCCCAUGGUCCACUCCACCUUCCUGGUAUCCCUGCGGGCUGAAGGGGCAGACCAGCUUGCCUUCUAUCCCCCACAUCCCAACUACACUUGGCCUUUCGAUGACAUCAUCGUCUUCGCCUAUGCCUGCCAGGCUGCUGGGAUCUCAGUCCACGUGUGCAAUGAGCACCGUUAUGGGUACCUCAAUGUGCCUGUGAAAUCCCACCAGGGGCUGGAAGAUGAGAGGGUCAACUUCAUCCACCUGAUCUUAGAAGCACUAGUGGACGGCCCCCCCAUGCAGGCCUCAGCUCAUGUGACUCGGCCCUCCAAGAGGCCCAGCAAGUUAGGGUUUGAUGAGGUCUUUGUCAUCAGCCUGGCUCGCAGGCCUGACCGUCGAGAACGCAUGCUCGCCUCGCUCUGGGAGAUGGAGAUCUCUGGGCGGGUGGUGGACGCUGUGGACGGCCGGAUGCUCAACAGCAGUGCCAUCAGGAGCCUCGGCGUAGACCUGCUCCCGGGCUACCAGGACCCCUACUCAGGACGCACCCUGACCAAGGGCGAGGUGGGCUGCUUCCUCAGCCAUUACUCCAUCUGGGAAGAGGUGGUUGCGAGGGGCCUGUCCCAGGUCCUGGUGUUUGAGGAUGACGUGCGCUUUGAGAGCAACUUCAGGGGGAGGCUGGAGCGGCUGAUGGAGGACGUGGAGGCAGAGAAACUGCCAUGGGACCUGAUCUACCUCGGGCGGAAGCAGGUGAACCCUGAGAAGGAGGCAGCCGUGGAGGGGCUGCCGGGCCUGGUGGUGGCCGGGUACUCCUACUGGACGCUGGCCUACGCCCUGAGCCUGGCGGGCGCCCGCAAGCUGCUGGCCUCGCAGCCUCUGCGCCGCAUGCUGCCUGUGGACGAGUUCCUGCCCAUCAUGUUCGACCAGCACCCCAACGAGCAGUACAAGGCACACUUCUGGCCGAGGGACCUGGUGGCCUUCUCCGCCCGGCCCCUGCUUGCUGCCCCUACCCACUAUGCUGGGGACGCCGAGUGGCUCAGUGACACGGAGACUUCCUCUCCAUGGGAUGACGACAGCGGCCGCCUCAUCAGCUGGAGUGGCUCCCAAAAGACCCUGCGCAGCCCUCGCCUGGACAUGGCUGGCAGCAGUGGGCACAGCCUCCAACCGCAGCCUCGAGAUGAGCUCUAGGUCCAGUGAUGACUGCAAAGGAGUGCCCAGGAGCAGGCCACUGCUGCUCAGAGAGCAGAGGAGGUUGUUGGCAGGGACAGCAGAUCCAAUCAGACCUGGCCACCACCUUGGGCAUGGCCCCUGUGCCCUCUGGACCUGUCUUUUGUCGGGAGAAACCACUCAGAGAUGGAUCCCAUUCCCUAAUGGUCUCACAGCAAAGGAACAGGACUUCCAGGCCCCUUGACCCUGCCUGGCCUGAUUCAGGGCCUGGUGGCCCCCAGCCUUCUGUUUCAAGCUGGGCAUACCCCAGACGCCCUUCCCUCCCUAAGGACUCAGCUGAGGGACCCCUCUGCCCCCUUCUACCUCCACCUCAGCACCCUCCCCCAGCUUGAUGUUUAGGUCUCCCCAGCACCCUCCUCCCUGGCCAGUGCAAAGUACAGGGAGAUAGAGGAGGACCCUUGCAGACCUGUUGCCCAGCACACAGUAGGCCCUCAAUAAAAGCCAUUUGCACUUUAAAUAUA